AUGUUAAGUUCAAGUUUGAUUGUCCGAACAGCGGCAACAACUAUAAAGAACGCUUCUAUCAAUACUACUAAUACUACUGCUGUUCCUCCCGCGGCAUCAAAAGACAGUAGUCAAAAAGAACGUCAUGAGGCGUUUACGCGUUUUUUAACAGCAAACAAAGCCAACUUUGAUGGAGUAGCACUUUGUCCAAGUACUGAUCAAUAUCGGGGACUUAUGGCUAUAAGAAAGUUCCGAGAGGGUACAACCGUUUUAUCUGUACCAAUGCACACCUUUUCCAUCACAGCAGAUCGUCUACUUAAAAGUGAACAUCUCCGUUCACUUAACCCACCAACACUGGAUGAUGUUCGUCGUCUCAUGACUGCACGGAGUAUAAAAGAUCCUGUUUUAUAUGAACAAGUGUAUCUUGCACUUUUAAUUGCUGGAGAACGACUCAAUUUAAACUCUUUUUUUACACCGUAUUUUGAUGCUCUACCGUAUCCAGCCAUAGACGAUGAGGCAGUGAUGCGUCUACAUAAGGAUGUACUUGAUCCCUUACAACUUGUGGAAUGGGAUGAUCAUCAAAGAGAAUGGCUGACAAUCUUUCGCACAUUGGUUCGCCGUUGGGGGACUAAAAGUCCUCCGAUAGAAGUUUGCUACUGGGCAUGGCGUACAGUUCUGAGCCGAAUGCACAUGCUUCCAGAUCGCGGUCUAGCUCCAGCGGAAGUGGGUUCCAAUCUCAACUAUUUUGCACUUUCCACAUUUGAGCGAGCAGAGCGACAGACACGCAUCUUAAAGCGUAUUCGUGCAACUAUUGGUAGUGUGUUGGGUAAUGAUAAUGCGGCAGAGGACUAUCGUCUCGUUCCUACAUUGGUACCUUUGCUAGAUAUGACAAAUCACUUGUCAUCCGGUAAUGUGUGUGUUGAGGUACAACCCCGUGGAGAGAUGGGGAGCUGUGUCGAACUACAGGCAGUACGUGAGAUUGAAAGUGGAGAACAAAUUGGUUUCUGCUUUAAUCGUUCCCAAGGACCCGCAUUUACACUUUAUCGAUUUGGGUUUCUUCCACUAUGA